AUGAAUCCAAACAACACGAGUUGGAAUAGCACCAAAAGCAAAUCAAGUAGUAAGAGUAGUGAAAACUCUAGAACUACUGAUAAAAAAUCGAUUAAAUCGUUACGUUUAUCUCAAUCAAAUUCACAAGAUUUAACUUCUUCUGAUCAUAAAAUAUUUGAUCAAAAAUGGUUAGAUGAAUUAGUUCAACUUCGUUAUGUAAAAUUUAUUCCAUUCGAGGAAUUCGAAGAUCCAAAAAUUAUUGAACGUGGAAGUAAUGGUGAUAUCAGUUCUUUUAAAUGUUUAAAAUGGAGAAAGAUGAAUAAACGUGUGGUUGUUAUUAAAGAGCUGAAAAAUAUCGUAAAUUUGUCCGAAAAUUUAAGGGAAUCUUUUGUUAAAGAGUUACAAUGGCAUCUUAAUGUUGAUUUUAACGAACGAAUAAUUCGUAUUUCCGGUUUAACCCAAGAAUCACCUCAAUCAGUAUACCUUUUGGUUGUACAACACGCGGAUGGUGGUUCGUUAUAUGAUUACUUGUCCAAAAAUUUUAAAAGAUUAUCGUGGAACGACAAACUAACAAUGGCAAAGGAAAUUGCCGAAGGACUAAGAUAUUUACAUACUAAUAAUAUAGUUCAUGGAAAUCUGAACUCUCGAAACGUAAUGUUCAUCCAACAAAAAUUGAAAUUAACCGAUUUUGGUAUAACUCAUACUGUGGUCUCAACUUCACCUAACCCUUUUAAUAAUAUUCGUAAAAUAUCAUACACCGAUCCUCAAAUUUUAACUGUUUAUUUUUUACAUACUCAAAAAUCUGAUAUAUAUAGUUUAGGUGUUUUAUUUUGGGAAUUAUCAUGUGGUCGUACUCCUUUUUCGGAACGUAGAAAUCCCCCUGCUCAUGAUUUAGCUAAUGCUAUUAUAAAAGGUUUAAGAGAAUUACCUACUAAAGAUGUUCCUAUCGAUUAUUUAAAAUUAUAUACUUUAUGUUGGGAUAUGGAUCCCGAAAAAAGACCUGAAAGUGAAAAUGUGGUAAUGAUGUGUAAAGAAUUAAUAAAUAAUGGUGACUCUACUAAAGAUUUUUUUGAAAAAAAUGGAAAAAAAUUUCCUAAUAAUCGGACUACGAUUUAUAAAGGAAAUGGAAUGACGGAACAGAAUUCAAAAAGAAUGACUAGAAUAUCUGAUUACGAUUGGGUAGAUUUACAAAGUGACGCUUUAGCUGCAGAGUUAUGGCUACAUAAUCAAGAACUUGAAGAAAAACGACAAAUGGGAUUAAUUGAAGAAGGGGAUGAAUAUUAUGGACAAGAAUAUGGUUAUUCAUCCGUUGAACAGUCGGCUGGUCAACAGAUUGAAGGAUCUCAACAAAUUCGACAAAGUCAGGACCUAGAAGCUCAACGAAUGAAAGGGCAAAAAUGGAAAGACAAAGCUAAAAAUCUUGUAAAGAGACUUUCAGGAGGACGAAAAUCUCGAUUACAAGACUUUAAUAAUUUAAAUAUAUAUGAAGAUGGGUUGGAUGAGGAAGAUAUUGAAGCUGGAUGGACUUCUGUAAAUAUAGACGAAAUUAAUAAAAUAGAUCCACACAAACAAAUUUCUCAAAUCAAACCAAUAAUCGAUGGAAAGAAAUCUGAUAACGGUUUAAUGGGUCAUGGUUCGUAUAAUUCAUAUAAACCAAGUGAUAAUCUUGAUAAUUUAGAAAUUGGUGAACCUGGACCAUCAACCUUUAGACGACCAACACGUUAUGAAGUUCCAACAACUCCAAAAACAUAUAUAUAUAGCGAUCAUUGUAAAUUGGUAUUUUUAAAAAAUAGAUGGAAAAUAAAUUCACAACCAUGUUAUGCUGCUUAUCAUGCAAGAAUCGGUGAUUUACAAGGUAUAAGUUGGCAUGUUGAACAUUCUGGAGAUUGGGUAUUAAAUGGAGUACAAGAAAUCAGUAGUCCUAGAAAUAGUUAUAGAAGACCAUUAGAAGCGUUACCAUUAGAAGCAAUAAUGUAUUGUCCAGCCAAAAAGUUAUUACCUACAUUAACUUUUUUAAAAACAAUUGGAUCUAAUUUAAAAUGUAUAGAUUCAUAUACGGGAGGAACAUGUAUAAACUUUUUAUCAUAUAAUAAUUCACUUUUAACCACUUCUUAUAAAUCAAAUGAUUAUUCAGUUUAUAAUCAAACAACAUUUAAUUAUACUAAUACACAAGGAAUUUACUUUAAAAAAGUAUUAUUAUAUUUAUUAGAACAAGGUUUAGAUAUAAAUUCACAAAAUUAUACUGGUGAUACAUUAUUAUCAUCAUUAUUAUUUAAAUGGCAUUCAAGUUUAUCACCUUCAAUAAUUGAAUUUUUAAUUGAACAAGGUUCUAAUCCUAAUUUAGAAAAUAUAAGAGGUGGAACUCCAUUAGGAUAUACAUUAUUAGCAACAAGAUUUGAAAAUGCUGGUGGUCCAUUUAAAAAAGUUUUAAAAAUUUUAAAAAUUUUAUUAAAAGGUGGUGGUGAAUGUAAUCAAGAAAUUGUUAUACCUGGAAGAAGAUUAAGAAAUUUAGGUUGGGUUUGUGUUGAUAUUAGUGCUAAUUUGACUAAAUCUCAACAAAAAAUUUUGGUUGAACUUUUAAUUGAAUGGGGUUGUGAAUUUGGAACUUGGGGUCAUCCCGGAACGACUAUUGGAGGUGGUAUUUUAAAUACAGAUUAUAGUGAAGAAAUUGAUGCGAUUUAUGAUGAAACUGAUGAUGAUGGCAAUGAAUCUCCUGUCUUGCCAUCUAGUCAAGGUGGUGGAAGUUUAUUAACUAAAAGAUUAAAAGGUAAAAAUUUAAAGUUUGACACCCCUAUAAAAAUACCACCAUUAUUAUCUAGUCCACCUACUUCUCCUUUACCUCCUACCUCUUCAUUACCGCCAAUACCUGUACUUAAACUUCCGGGAAGUCGUGGAAUAUUAACCGCACGUGAUAUUCCUGUAUCAUUAUUAAGACCAUCAGCGUUGAAUACUCAAAUUCCUCUAACAGGAUCACGUCCUCGUUCUAUUUCAAUGCAUAGACUAUCUUUGUUUUUUAAUCCAUCACCUACAACUCCAAUGUUUAAACCAACUGAUCCACAAAAUAUUUUAGUAUAUGCGGUUCAAUUAAAUCGACUUGAUAUUAUAAAAAUUCUUUUAAAAAGAAUUUAUGAACUUAGUGAAUCGAAAAGUAUAAUAGCUGCAUUAAAAGAAUGUGGUGUUAAUUUUACUAAAAUAGAAAGUGAUGAUGAUGAUCAAGAUAAUAAUGCCGAAGAAAUCAUAAUAUCAAAAGAAAAAUAUGGUUUCUUUGAACAUUUAUUUAAACAUCAUGAUGGUAAAUAUGAGAUUAGAAAAUAUUUAAUGACUUGGUAUGGAAAACAUGCUGUCUCAAAAAGGAAAAAAACAUUGAUUAGAAUCGAAAGGAUGAAACAAAAAUGGACAAAUAAAGCUAAGAAUGGAUAUUUUUCCAGCAGAGGAAUUGAUGCUGAAUUCACUUUGGUUGAAAGUAUUUUGGAAAGUCCAACUAAAAGUGAUUUAGAAUUAAUUAAUAUCAAAGAAAAAGAAGAAUAA